AUGUCAGCUGCGUCCGAGGCUCCCGAGAUCAAAGUUCGUAACAGCAAGUAUACUCCCAAGAGCGAGUUUCAGGUUUCAACUAGCGAUGCUCCGCUGAACGCUCCCAAUGAAAAUAGCGAGCACGUUAUUAUCAUAGGCGGCGGUGUCAGCGGAUUGCUAGUCGCAUGGAUGCUUCUUGAUAAGGGCUUCCGGGUGACCAUUCUUGCCAAAGAGUGGGCGCGCACCGGGGACUUCAGUGAGCCCCGCCUCACUUCUCAGAUUGCUGCAGCUUUGUGGGAGAUGCCCCCUGGGGGGUGUGGCUUAACUGAAAUUGAAUCUCCCGGCAAGGGUUGGGCUACCGUGGACCAUUAUCGAGAGUGGGCUAUGCAAAGCUACAACUUCUACACAGAUUAUGUGAAAAUUCCAAACGAACACGAGAGAGGUGGACACUCGUUUGGUCUUUCCAUCGCUAAACUUCAUCAAUUUUUCUACGAGGACGUUAUCUCUGAAUGCACCGACAAAACUUCGCCAACAUAUGAACACCACGCCAAGUACCUUGAUGUCAACAAGAGGAUUAAAGGAACUGCGGCGUAUACUGACAAAACUGCAAUCGCGAAUAAGUUCAAUUCGUCACUGAUCAACCUAGAGUACGGUGGGGGAAAGUUCAAAACUGGUUAUACUCACGAUGCUCCUAUCUUGAAUACCGACAAAUCUUUGGCCUACCUCAUGGCACUUGUCCAGCAAAAGGGAGCAACACUAGAGACACGAGCGGUGAAAGAUCUUCGGGAAUCUGGCCAGCAGUUGUUGACAGACUACAAAGCGGAUGUCAUUGUCAAUGCCACAGGCCUCGGUGCAAAAGACCUACUCAACGAUCAGGAUGUUUACCCCGUUCGUGGUGCCAUUCGUCGCAUCGACAACGUCCACCAUAGCCAGUUCCGCCAUCUGAAUGAUGCCUACCUUGUUCCUGCACAGAUUGCACCCGAUGGUCUACCUUCCAAGACCGUGUUCAUUGUGCCUCGGAACGAUGAUAUCCUCUACGUUGGUUCCAUCAUCCAGCCACACAACGACACGAUGAACCUGACUCCUGAAUCUCCCGAGGUGCUGCAGAUGUGGGAUCGAGCGGGAGACUUCAUGCCCAGUCUGCUACACGCUGGCCUUGUGAACCACUUCCCUUUUGGCCAGGGUUUGCGGCCAUUUACCAAGAAAAACGUCAAGGUCAGAGCCGAUGAGGAAUGUGCAUUUCCUCUGGUCCAUAACUAUGGGCAUGGCGGGUCUGGAUGGACAUUAGGUGUUGGAACCGCCCAUAGCGCGGUCUUUAUUGUCGACAAGAUUUUUAGUGAUAGAAUUGACCUGAUUGAGGCGGUUGAGUCGUUGAGGUUGAAACAGACAGAGACAAAGGACCUCAUCGAAAUAAUAAACAGCAACGGAGACUUGAACCAAAGUCAUCAACAAAUUCUCUCGCAGGCUGUUGUUGAAUUGCCUUCAGCGCACCCUUUCAAAAACCGGGGUUUGGAGUUGAUAGAGGCAUUGGACCAUGCCCCGAAAUUGAGCGUUGCGUCGGCGAAAGUUACCAACAAGUUUAUAUAUGGAAGCGCUUAG